AUGGCUCCUACGAAGCUCACCGGCAAGCCUGCACAGAUCGCUGCCUUCAUUGAUAAAUUUGAUGUCUUUCUUUUCGAUUGCGACGGUGUCCUAUGGCAUGGAAAUACCCUCCUCCAUAAAAUUGUGGAUACACUGGAUAUGCUCAGGAGUAAAGGUAAACAAAUUGUUUUUGUGACAAAUAACUCUACGAAGUCACGCCGCGCGUACAAAAAAAAGCUCGAUAGCCUCGGUAUCCCUGCCGAAGUCGACGAGAUCUUCGGCUCUGCAUACUCGUCGGCAGUUUAUAUUAAGCGUGUCGUCAAGCUUCCUGCUGACAAGAAAGUCUAUGUGAUCGGCGAGAGUGGGAUUGAAGAGGAGCUGGAGAGUGAGGGUGUGAGAUACUUCGGCGGAACCGAUCCGGAAGAAAGGAAGGUCAUGCAGGAAGAGGAUUACACUAAUUUUGUCCCAGACCCGGAGGUUGGUGUAGUUUUGUGUGGCCUUGAUAAUCACAUAAAUUAUCGAAAGUAUGCAAAGGCAUUCCAGUACCUCCAGGACCCCAAUACCCUAUUCCUCGCGACAAAUGUCGAUAGCACCUUUCCCAACAAAGGCAAUGAUGGAUGCUGUUGA